AUGGCCGGAGGGAGCGCGGCUCGAGCGAACAGGCAGAAGAAAGGGAAGAGAAAUGCUAAUGGAAAGAGAGGCAAUAAGGAUCGUAAGACUGGAGACCGGAGAGGUGGCAAAGAUGUCGAGCGUCGGGGAGGUGGUUUUCGAGGUGUCGAGCUGGUUUGGAAUCCCGUCACUGGGGAGGUAGUAGAAAUAGGGAAGAAGCAAAGUGCAAUCUUGAAAGAAAAAGAGAAACGUCAAAUGGCUCGAAAAUGGCAGCAAGCAACGAAGUCCAAAAAGGAGGAGUUGCCACGACUCCAUUUGACCCGCCCCGUAUUUAAAAGGUUGGCCACUAUCCUAUCAAAUUAUCAUGAGGCACAGAAAGUCCUAAGACAAGUGGAGGAAGGCGAUGACGAUGAUUACGAGGAAGAUGAUGAGCAGGAUAUCGACCCUGGAAUGGAAGAGUUGAUAAGGGAUAUCAAUGGUCCGCGUUUCUACCACGACGAGAACAAGUACAACGGAGAGUCGGACGAGGAGGAUUUUCAAAGCGAUGGGAGUAGUGAACAAUCUUCUUUAGAGGAUGGGGAAGAUGCUGAGACAAAUGAUAGUGAAGACGACGUCGAUGAAGGAUUUGAUUACAGUGAUGAUGAAAGCUCCACAGGCGAAACCACCACUGAAGACGUAGGUAGUGGGUUCGAAGGCACAGCGACGCAGCAUCGUAUGAUAAUCAAUGCCCCCACCAAAUUGACAAGGCCUCCACCGUCAGUUGGCGGGCGAGAACACGACUCCAUGGAACUGCCUUUUUCCGAUACAUCUGUGCACGCCGACAGCAUUAGUCGAGCAUGGCUGGAGUCACUUGGAUUUACAACUCGACACGCAGUCGUUGCGCUACAACGCUGUAACAAUGAUCAACUCGCUGCUUUGUCAUACCUAUAUUCGCAGGUUGUCGAUUCGGAGUUCGUGCUAUCCAGUGACUGCGUGGCCACUGACCCCGAGUUCGCGGAUGAAGCAAACGCCCUGCGGGAGCAGGAAUGCAAAGAAUUAGAAAGCGUGUAUGGGAAAAGCUUCACUCGUUAUACCAGACGAGAUGGUACCCUCGUGUGGCAGAUUACCGGAAUAGAGGUAGAGGUUCCAGGGCUCACCCAAUCGGCGCUCCAUCUUGCGCUGCAGUUGCAUCAUCCCAAAAAUACAAUGUAUCCCUUUCAAGCCCCGGUUGUUGUGCUAGACUGUAGCAAUAAACCGGAGGGAAUCCAAGCAGGACUCCUGUCGCUUGCGAUUUCGCUGCAAAUGAGAGCCAGGGACCAUCUGGGUGAAACAGUGAUGGAUAUGUUGGCAUCCGCCCUUCAGACGAACGAGGCACAGGAGUCACUGAUAGCGCCAUCUGUACGCAUACGCAAUAUCGUAGCACCAGGCUGGGAUGCUACUGGAAGAAGUGAGCAAAAACGUGUUCUCGUGAUUAAGGGGCACAGAGAAAAGGAGAAGGAGAAAAUUACUCAGGGUCCCAAGAUUCGGUUGCAUAAAGGUCCUAGAGGCGGUGUGCCGACUAUGGACAUGAUUAGACGUGCCCAAGAAGUGGCAAUAUGUUUGAAGGAGGAUCAAGGAACUGCGAAUCUUGUUACCGGCAUUGUUGGCAAAGUGUUGACGCGCGGUGAUCAUCCCCGGGGGAUAAAGGUUCAGCUCACAGAUGGUCGAGUGGGUCGUGUACAGGCACUAGUCGAAAGGUGCAUAACUGUCGAACCGAGACCGCAAAAUUCGAAAGAUGCGCCCAUCCUUUCUACUCGUUCUGCUGCUCGAGACAUGACAACUCCAAACCGUAGCGGACCGCCGAAGGCACCAGAUCAGUCAGAGCUAAUAGCUCCUCUGCAGCAAAUGCGGAUCAAUCCCUCAGUUGUUCAGAAACCAAUGGAUUCAAGCUCUAUGCCGAAAGGGCGGGUGAUACCAGGAAAGCUUCGCAAGCCGCCACUUUCUGCCGCAGAGAUUUCGUUGGAGAAUGAAAAGCUUCACAAAGAGUUCAUUGCGCAACAGCAGAGGCCCCAGUAUAAAAAAAUGCGAAGCGAACGUGAGACUCUGCCUGUGUGGAAAUGGCAGCAAGAUAUUGUCAACGCGGUGGAAGAGAAUCCGGUGGUCGUUGUAGAGGGAGAAACCGGCUGCGGUAAAACCACGCAAGUACCGCAAUUUCUGUUGGACGCUUUGAUCUGCCAAAAACGGGGGGCUCAAUGUAAAAUCCUGGUCACCCAACCGCGGCGCAUCAGUGCUAUUGGUGUGGCGGAGCGUGUUGCUGCGGAGCGUGAUGAAAGCUUGGGGAAGACGGUCGGAUACCAAAUUCGGUUAGAGAACCGGAUGAGUGAUGCAACCAGGAUUCUCUUUGCGACAACUGGGAUUUUACUCCGUCGUUUGGAAGGGGCCGGUGCCCGAUCAGUAUCGGGGUUCGGAGCCGAAACGUUGACCGAUGAUCAUGAAGGUGGUAUCGAUGAUUUAACACACAUCAUUGUCGACGAAGUUCAUGAACGAUCGAUUGAAUCUGACUUUCUACUGAUGGUCCUCCGCGAUCUCCUGCUUACCCAGCCACGCUUAAAACUGGUCCUUAUGUCGGCCACUCUCAACGCUGAGCUCUUCCAAGCAUAUUUCGGUCAAGCUCCUCGUAUUCAUGUACCCGGCAGGACAUUCCAUGUUCAAGUUCUGUAUCUUGAGGAUGCGCUCGCGAAAACUGGAUAUCAGCCAGAAGGUAGCGACUACCGCCGCGGGCAUAUGAGAGUACGGCCCACAACUACAGGAAAUGACGAUGAAAAGCCCGAUGAGGAGCUCCAAUUUUCUGCAUUGAAAAAGAGAUAUCCUCAUAUUUCCGACAAGACCCUCGAAGCUUUGAAAUUGGUGAACGUGGAGAGGAUUCAAUACCCCUUAAUCGCCCUCCUUGUAGAGUGGAUGUCUGAAAUGCUAUUACCUGGCUCCUCGAAGCGGCAGCCCCCGGGCGCAAACACAAGCUUUUCAGGGCGGGGUGUAUCAAGAGGUAAAAGAGGACACGGAACCCUCCGAGGCGGGCGACGGUCAGAAAACACGCUCGAUCGCCCCCUGUUCAAUGAGAAUGUACUUGCGCCCAACCGUGGCAUUCUGAUUUUCUUGCCUGGCUAUGCCGAAAUCGCCACUCUCCACGAACUUCUGCGGCAUAAUCCUCAGAUUCGCGCCGCGACAUCGAAUGGUAAAUACCUCAUACCCCUGCAUGGGGACCUACCGUCUGCCCAACAAUUGAAUGUCUUCAAGCGGCCCGAAGAUGGAUAUGUCAAAGUUAUAAUUGCCACAAAUGUCGCCGAAACAAGCAUAACAGUAGACGAUGUGGUCUACGUGAUCGAUUCCGGAAAAAUGAAAGAGACCCGCUUCGAUCCCACGAAAGGAAUGGCCAGUCUUGAAGAAUGUUGGGUAUCUCGGGCAAAUGCUUUGCAACGUCGUGGACGAGCGGGGCGUGUAACAGAAGGCACUUGCGUCCACCUGUUUACUUCACAUAUGUUUGAGAAUACGCUCGCUGCCCAGCAAGUGCCGGAAAUGCGGAGAACCCCUCUCGAGCAGCUAUGCUUGAGAAUUAAAGUGCUGCCAUUCCUUCAAGGAAGAAUUGCGCAGAUCCUCGCCAAAGUCAUUGAGCCUCCGUCUCACGAGGCCGUGCAAAAUGCAGUGCUCACCCUACGAACAUUACAAGCGCUAACGAGAGAAGAAACAUUAACGCCGCUCGGAUUUCACCUCGGACGAUUACCUGUAGAUGUGCGGAUCGGCAAGCUACUUAUACUUGGUAGCAUUUUCCAUUGUGUGGAUCCGGUACUGACUAUUGCGGCAGCCAUGAGCAUGAAGAGUCCAUUUGUUGCGCCUUUUGAAAAGCGAGAAAUGGCUGAUAGGAAAAAAGCGGAGUUCGCGAGCGGGAUGUCAGAUCAACUCACCAUUCUAAAUGCAUAUCGGCAAUGGCAAAAAGUCCGCUCGUUGGGGCAAGAAGCUGAAAGGACAUUCUUAAGGUCUAAUUUCUUGUCGUGGAAAGUUCUUGGGAUGAUUGCGAGUGUCAAACGGCAGCUGGCCGAACUGCUUUCAGAUAUCGGCUUCCUUGAUUCUUCACUGCCAUUGCAAGUUCGAGCUAUGGAACGCGCAGGCGGUAACAUCUCAGAUGGUGUCGUUGAAAGUAUCCGGCCAGAAGCGAACGCACGAGGUGACGAUCUAAGACUUGUAAAGGCGGUUCUGAUUGCCGCGCUCUAUCCCAAUGUAAUUCAAACGGCAAACAGUUCCAAGCCUGCGGGUGAACCUCAAUUGAAAGUUCGCGGCGGAGAAGAAGUGUUUAUACAUCCCUCCUCAGUCAAUUAUCGGAAGAUGUUUCCCACACGGUUUCUCGUGUACCAUGAGAAAGUGAAGACAAGCAAGGUCUACAUUCGCGACUCGAGCGUAGUUACACCAUAUGCUCUCGCAUUCUUCGGCGGCAAUCUGACAUGGGAUAAACGGCAAAAGCGGCUAAAUAUGGGUGACGGUUGGAUUGCAUUCCGUGCGGAUCCUCCUACUGCGGGGGUCAUCGAAGGAUGUCGCGCAGCUAUGGACGAGCUCUUGGCGAGGAAGAUACAGGAUCCAACUCUUGAUAUAUCUGGAGAAGAGCUCAUCGACGCAAUUGUCGACAUCAUCAAUAUGCAGAAUUGA